UUGGUCAAGCUUGGGUUGUUGAAGUAAUAACUUCAUUUGUUGAGGAUGUUGGUAAGCUGCAAGCGGCCCGUCACAACAGAGGAAUUGCUGGAACCACUUUUCAAAAGGAGCCGCUUGCACGAUGUCUCGAUGGUUGGGCCUGACGAGCCUUCACCGGUUGCAGUUCAAGAGGCUUCGAGCUGCGACACCGACUUUGUAGAAGCAGCAGCAGAGGCUGUAGAAGAAGCAGAAUUACGUCGACCUGUUGAUUCGCAGGAUCAGCCUGCAUUGAAGCGACUUCGUGGUAUGAUCGAAGGAUCUAAUGCCUCGGCCUCGUCGUCUGAAGCCAAAGAGGCUUCUGUCAACCACUGGGCAGAAGCCCUGGUAAAGUCUCUUCACUGCUGUCCAUCCGUGGAGCAGGCUGUGCAGCGAUGUGGUGUGGCACUCACUGAAUUUGGAUCACAGGUUCGUUUGGCAGCCCUUCGCGAGGCGGAACAGACACGCGAAGAGAUGCGGCCCAACACGAUUGAGGCAACAUGCUCUCGUCUUCAGUCCACAAACAAGGUGCUCCUGAGAGCUGUCCAUCAUUUAGCAGAGCGUUGCCGUCGACUGGAAGGUAGCUCUGGUGAGGUUCAAUCCUUGAGGCAGGCUUUGGAGCAAUCCCAGGAAGCGCAGCGCAGGCUGCAGCACUCAAACCAAGUGCUUCAGGAGCACCUCAAGGUACACCUGAAUGCAUGCCAUUUAGCUGGAGAUUAGUGGCCGCAAGCCAGAUUUGACUCUCACACCCUCGCAAUGUAGGUAGACGUGGACCAACAAAGUUUUUCCCACUUUCGUGCUUUGGCUACACGUUUCCAGCAGUUUGGACAUGGGACUUUCUCAAUGUUGAGAUGCUACACUAGCAGCUUUUUGCUAUACUGGCAAACAACGUGCUUUCGAAGCUGACGCCCGACUCUACGGUGUAGCAAGAUCGACUUCCAGGGUCUCACAGAAGACUUACGGAACAUGUACAAAAGAUGAGCAGCAACUUUGACACGAA